AGUUGACAGAGACAAUUCAAAAUUCUGAUACUUAUACACACAUUUUGAAAGACACGUACAAUGACACAAGAAAGAUUAUCUUUCACCUUGAAAGUCGGUACUUUUUACAAAGGUGUGGUUUGCUGUCCAAACACACAGCCUCACCCGAGCCGGUACAACCAGUCCGUGGGAUAAACCAUUACUGUUUCCAUGGUUACCGUGGGGUUUGUUUUUGGACAGAUACAGGUGGAACAUUCUAAAGGCGCGUCUCGAGGUAUGUAUAACUUAACUGCAGGUGAAGUCAUUCAUUAUUUUCGUUCAUCGCUGCUGUGUGAGCUCCUCAGCCCGAGUCUCCUGAACACCCCUGUCAAUGAUUAUCAACAUCUCACGAGAUUAUAAACAGAAAGUGUUUUAUUUAAAUAUAUAUUUCCCGAGCCACAGGAAGCGAGUACUUUGAGUGCAGCCUUGGGUUAUGGCGAGCGCAGCUCCCUCUGAGAACGUGGACCAUGAGUUGAGCUGCUCCAUCUGCCUGGACACGUUUGACUGCCCCUCCACGCUGAGCUGCGGCCACUCGUUCUGCCUCCAGUGCCUGGAGGACGCCUGGAAGGAGACAGACUCCUACUGCUGCCCGCAGUGCCGCAAGACCUUCCCUCGACGACCCCAGCUGACCAGGAACGUGACGAUCGCUAACCUCAUAGAGCAGCUGCGAGUGACUGAAACCAUGGCUGCUGCAGCUGCUGGUGUUGUUUUCUGUGACCACUGCCCAGAAGGCAAGACGCCUGCAGUGAAGACCUGCCUCAAGUGUGAGAUGUCCUUCUGCACGGAGCACAUCGCGCCUCACCUGGAGAGGGCGAAGUUGAAGGACCACGUCCUCGUGGCUCCGAUUGCGAACCUGGAGCAAAGAAGAUGCAUGAAGCAUAAACAGGAGCUCAUGUUCUACUGCAAGCAGGACGUGAGCCUCGUGUGCAUGGCCUGCACCAUCACUGGAGAACAUAGAGGACAUGAUGUCAACACGCUGGAGGAUGAGCACGAAACACGAAAGAGUGGAGUCGGAGAGGAGACGCGAGCGGUGGAAGAGAAGAGGAAGAAGGCGGAGGUGUCCGUGGGACGGAUGAAGGUCACUCGCAAGGCCGUGCAGGAUUCCAUGGUCCAGUCCAAGGCUCGCAUCUCAGACGAGUUCACCCACAUGAGGGCGACGCUGGAUGAGGACGAGAGGGCAGCUCUGAACCACGUGGACAUGAAGGGGCGCGAGCUGCUGUCCCAGAUCGAGGAAAACAUCUCUCAUUACGAGCGCGAGAUCAGCGACCUCCAGGCAGCAGCCACGCGCCUGCGCGCUCUACAAGAGGAGAGGGACUUGCUCACGUUCCUGCAGGUUCACCUGAAGGAUACUACCCGAAGAGACGCUCAGAAGGGAUCGCCACCCUCAUCUCCCAGUGAAGAAGACAUCGCCUCGAUCAGCGCCCUGCAGGGAGCUGUGGUCAACCUUCUGGCAUUCAUGUACGGACGCUCACCGACUCUGGACCCAAACUCGGCCCACAACUACCUCCAGAUUUCCUCUAGUCUCAGGACGGUGACGCUGACCGCUGUCUCCCAGGAUCGCCCCGAUCACCCACACCGCUUUGAUGUCUAUACACAAGCCCUGUGCUCCGAGAGCUUCUCGUCGGGUCAGCACUACUGGGAGGUGGACGUGGGGGGUGCGGCGGGGGACUGGGACGUUGGAGUCGCGUACAGGACGAUCGCACGGGAAGGGCAUGGUGACGAGUGCAGCCUGGGACAAAACGACUCAUCCUGGGUUUUAUGUAAAAAUAACAACAGCUGCUAUGUGUGGCAUAGUGGUGUAGCGACCUCAGUGCCGGUGAGGGAUCCUCCCCGGAGAGUCGGGUGUCACCUGAACUGGGAGGCGGGGCUGCUGUCGUUUUACAGUGCUGACUCAAUGGAGCUGCUGCACUCCAUUCACCACUCGUUUUGUCAACCGCUCUACCCUGGACUGUAUGUGUAUGGUGAUGAUGGUGACUCCGUGAAGAUUCUGGACCUGAGUCGUGCGUCCUGAGAGCACGGAGUGUGAGCAGCGCAGAGAAACGGGCACAACGCACAGACUCGUGCCACAAAGACACAGA